CUUUUGAGGCAGAGAUUUCUAGAAGCGGAGGAGGCUGCCUGCGCUCUCCCUCCACCGUUUCCAAACUUCAUUUUCACGAUCCACUCGGAAGGGAGCUGAGCUAGACUUCAAGCGACAAAUCAAUGGUCGCCAUCUCGAUUCACAGCCUCGGAAGAGGUGCUGCACCGUCUACCCUCAGGUCUAGGGCUCCGUCCGCCUUCCGGACAUCAAGCGUGCGAAUUCACCGUCUGUGUCGCGUCGUUGUCGAGGCGGUGCAGACCCCGACGAAACCAUCGGACAUCACUGAGAGUGUAUUCGACAGUGAAUUCCCACGGUCAGCAGUGAAGUCGCGCCAGAAUGUCCUCCCUGCCACGGAAACGUUUCAGAAGGCGUACUCAGACUACUCAACAGGUUACGCUUCCGUUCCAGGCUUGUCAUAUGAGCGUUCAGAAUGGAUCUCUGAAGUAGAAGGAACGAUUCCACUGGAGAUUGAAGGAACGCUUCUGCGCAAUGGACCUGCAAUGUACGUUCGAGGCGAGGGAUCGGAACGUUUCGAAAAGUCUUAUCUGGAUGGCGAUGGCAUGGUGACCUCAGUAGCAAUCAAGGAUGGAAAAGCUUAUUUUCGGAACAAGUUCGUUCGCACUGAAGACUUCGACAAAGAAGAGAAGCUUGGCAGAUAUACCGAGCCAUCCAUAUUCACCGCCAAGGAUCCACGAAAACCGGCUUUCGUAUGGCGCUUGUUCAAUGACAUCCUCGCAGGAAACCUCAAACGUAAGCAAAACGGAGCCUACAAUGUACUCUACUGGGGUGGGAAUCUUGUUGCGGUAGACUAUAAGAAACCUUAUGAACUCGACCCUGAUACACUCGAUACAGUUGGACACGCUGCAAGCCCGUUAUCUUCUGUCAUGCAUACUUCACAUUAUCGCACUGUUGACGAACCUGAUGGUUCCGGCCGUCGCUGUGUCGCUUUUCUGAAUGAAGUUGAUUGGCGCUCAGAAACCACAAAGGCUGUUUUUUAUGAGUUUGACGAGCAGGGCAACGAAGUUUCUCGACGUGCUUACGAUUACCCAGCGAGCUAUGUCCAUGAUCUCGUCGUCACAGAUAAUUACUAUGUUCUUUUUGACUGUCCUAUCAAGAUCGACUUUCCCGCGGUCUUCACGAAGUACAUAUUCGAAAAAUCAUGUUUGUCAGAGCUUAUUUGUGAAGAUACAGACCGCAGGCCUCUUUUCAGGAUUUUUCCACGCCGAGGAGACAGUAGGGAGGUUUCGACUGUUGAGGCUGACUACUGGUGUUAUGCAUACCAUCACGUUAACGGAUUCGAAGAUAAAGAAGGCAAGAUUAUUUUUGACACGUGCACGUGGGACAAGUUUACUCUCUACUUCACUGAUAUUUGCUCACCAAAUGGCAUAGAUAAUUUUCCGCGAAUGAAACUCAGCCGUUUUGUAAUCGACACAGACAAAGGGAAAGCGACUCAUCACUGCCUCUCAGACCUUCCGUGCGAGCUCCCUAUUACAAGCUGGGACUAUACCGGUAAACCAUACAGACACAUGUAUCUAUCUAGCUCUGUAGGAACAAAUGUGGAUGGUGUAAAUGGGCCUAUGCAAGGCUUGACGAAAGUCACUCUGCCAACAAUUGAUGCGCUUGGAGGGGUCGAGGAGAUUGAGUGGAUACCCGGUGACUGCAAGUUUGCGAUGGAACCCUUUUUUGUGGCUCGCAAGGAUGCCACCGAAGAGGACGAUGGCUGGGUGGUUGCGCUUGUUCACGAUGCAGAAUAUGAUAAAUCAGAUUUCGGUGGGCGUGGUACUGAGAUGGUUAUCAUUGACGCUCGGAAAUUUAAUGAAGGCCCUGUCGCGCGGUUGAGACUCCCGGUUUAUGUGCCCUUUGGCGUACACGGCUCGUGGAGUACUACCUAUGUUGCUGGUCCACCAGCUAGUGCUGACAUGGAUGCCAGCGCAGCUUCAAGAGCGGCCACUUCUACUCGCAAGAUGGUUCAUUUGACAGGGGAUGUUGCAGCAACACAGACAGUGCAAGAGGGAGUUAGACGAGAAAUAGUAUGGAUGUCUAUUUUGUCGCUUUUUGCGUGUUGCAUGUAUGCUGCCAGUCACAGCUUCUGAAGACUCAAAAAUAGUCUUUAAGAAAUAAAAAUAUCACAGUGUACUCGC